UCCAUAUCGCAUGAUCCAGAUGAUGACGAUGAUGAUGACUGUCAUGGCGGCGGUUAAUGGCAGUGUCUGACUCGACCACUAUUUUCUCACGCCCUACCUUCCUUGCUACGCCCUUUAGCUAAUUAUUCCCAACAUGAAUGACUCCGGCGCUAGGUCGGCAAUGCCGCAAGUCAGCGAAGGGCUGGGCCGUGCUAUGAGCCCACAACGACGGCCUUUCUGGAAGAGGAACGCCCCCAAAGUGCCUGGCAGGUCUGUGCAAGCAAGUCCUGUCAGGGAGAAUCUUAAGGACCAAAAACCAAGAAAGACUUUGUCAUUUCAAGAUUUUGAAGACAACACCAGUGAUGCUUGGGAUGAUGCUGAAGAUGAAAUUAUUGCACUCUCAGAAGCAAAGCUGUCUUUUGAAAACUUGUUACCUGCCUCGGUGAAUCAUGGCAAAACAGCAAGCAAUCACCAAGCAAGCUUGCCCCAACGUUCUAAGGAAACAACAGCAGAGAACACAGUCCCAGAUUUUCCCAGCCAAAGUUCACCAGGCAAGUCAGAUGAAAUGUCCAACAUCAGUAGACAGAAGGGGGUUGGUCCAGGAGUGGGAAUCAGACAACAGAGUACACCUGAGGACGUCACACCGCCCGUCCUGCCUCCUGUACCCACACCUCCCACGUUUCCCACAUCAGAAGAUACAGCAGAGUCCGGGGACUGGACCCUGACCCCGUCAGAAGGCAGACCAAACCCCCCGUCUCGCCUCAGCAGACAGUUGGGGAGAGCGUGCAGUGAUGACAAAUCUCUGACUGAACGUGAGGGAGCCAAGCUUAAGAAAGUCAAUGAGUUUAUUGCAGGACCCAAUACAGACCUGGAUGGACUGAAGAAGAUGGUGUGGUCAGGUGUUCCCAGAGAAGCUCGACCUACUGUGUGGAAAUUGCUCAGUAACUACUUGCCUGCCAAUGUUGAGAGGCGGUCCAUGAUGUUGGAGAGAAAACGUGAGGAAUACUUCAGGUUUGUAGACCAGUACUACCCCAGCAGGACACAGGAGCUCCACGUGGAAACAUGGCGACAGAUCCAGGUAGACAUACCUAGGAUGAAUUCCCAGCUUCCAUUUUUCCGUCAAAGUUCAAUUCAAGAGAUCUAUGAGAGAGUGCUGUUCAUCUGGGCUAUUAGACAUCCUGCCAGUGGUUAUGUGCAAGGCAUCAAUGACCUGGUCACACCCUUCUUUGUGGUGUUUCUGUCAGAAUAUACAGAUCUGGAUGUGAUAACAGAAGACUUUGACGCUUCACAAAACCUGGAUGAGAAGGCCCUGUGCAGCAUCGAGGCUGACUGCUUCUGGUGCUUGAGUAAGCUGCUGGAUGGGAUUCAGGACAACUACACAUUUGCACAGCCGGGGAUCCAGCUGAAGGUGAACGCUCUGAGAGAGCUGGUCAAGAGAAUAGAUGCUCCUCUCCAUGCCCAUCUGGAGGCCCACAUGGUGGAGUAUCUGCAGUUUGCCUUCCGCUGGAUGAACAACCUACUCAUGAGAGAGUUACCGCUUAGAUGCACAAUUCGUCUCUGGGACACAUACCUGGCUGAGCCACAAGGGUUCUCCACGUUCCACCUGUACGUGUGUGCUGCCUUCCUCAUCAGGUGGAGAAAAGACCUACUCAGGAAGGGGGACUUCCAGGGUCUCAUGCUACAUCUACAAAAUCUUCCUACAAUACACUGGGGUGAUGACGAGGUCAACUUGAUUCUGGCAGAGGCAUACAGACUCAAAUACAUGUUCGCUGAUGCCCCCAACCAUCUCAACCAGAAAAAGAAUACAUAGCAUUUCUAUAGACUGGUGUAAUAUGUAGAUAAAAUGAUGGGCUGUCAUGUGCAACAUAUUCAUUGUGUCAUGUCCCGCAAUGGUCAUUUUCUGGCAUUGUCACGGCUUGAAAUCAAAUACAUGUAAUUACCAACAGUG